GCUCUCGAAACGGACGCAGAUUUUUGUAAGUCGCCGCCGCGCAUGCGCAUUUUAAAUCAGUUGCAACAAUAAAAACAACGAGAGUCAGCGAAGACGAAAUCGAUGUGUGUUUUUAUUUGUUUGCUUUUGUUUUGUCUGUGUGUUAUGCCAUGCACAAAACCACCGUGUUCGUAAAAGUGGAGAAAAAUCAAAAAUCGAAAAUUCAAGCCGAAAUAAGUUUGCCAAAACAAAAAGAAACCGCAAAAGCCGCGUUAUAAUAACGCAAAUAACGAUACGGCUUAACGGCUAACUCGAAGCUAUAAAUUGGACAUCAAAAUUGGAUUAUACAAAAAUAAAUAAAAAUAAACAACUAAGUGAACACGAAAAGUUAAUAACAAUUAUUUUGUAUGCCGGUUUCUUCUUGACAAGUUUGAUCCCAAAACCGCGACAUCAGCAACAGCAACCAGCAUGAAAGGCUGGUUCGACGCGUUUCGAGACGAUGGGGGACCAACGCUAUAUUCCUUCUCAAAUCGAACACCCGUAACCGGAGAUGUCUCAAUCGUGGCCGUCUCAGUGCUAUUUGCCACAUUCUAUGUGGCAUUUUUAGUCAUCUUUCCGGGUGUCAGAAAACAGAAAUUCACAACGUUUUCGACAGUCACAUUGAGCCUUUUUGUGGGUCUAGUCAUACUAAUCACUCGCCUGGGAUCCGCGUGGCAUGUGGCACAUGCAACUAUCAUCGCGCCAUACAAAGCCUUCUCACGCGAGAAGCUCCCAGCGCGCAUCGGCACCCACAUUGGCCUCAUGCAUGUCAAUGUGACGCUGACGGCGAUACCCAUUGGAAACUGGACGCCGCCGGAUAUAGACUAUAACGAACGCUUCACCUGGGAGGGAGCCAAUGACAUGAGUGCCAACUAUCGCCACGCCCUCCAGCGGGGUCUCCCCUUUCCCAUACUGACCGUGGCCGAAUACUUUAGUCUGGGCCGUGAGGGAUUCUCGUGGGGUGGACAGUAUCGGGCCGCGGGAUAUUUUGCGAGCAUAAUGCUCUGGGCCUCGCUGGCCUCGUGGCUGCUGAUGAACCUGCUGCUGAUAGCGGUACCCCGAUAUGGGGCCUAUAUGAAGGCUUUGACAGGUGCGCUGCUGGUCUGCACCACGGUGGGCUAUCAUUGCCUGCUCCCGAAGAGGCCUUUGUCCAUUCACCUCGAAGGCGGACGCCUGGAGUUUCAUUUCGGAUGGUGCUACUGGCUGGUCUUGGUGGCAGGCAUUCUCUGCUUUAUUGCGGGUGUUCUGAUCUCCAUUAUUGACUUGGUUUGGCCGCACACCUUCUCCACUGUGCUGGAGGUUUACUACGGCACGCCAUACGAUCGCCAUGUGAUUCUGGAGGAGUCCAGUGAUGUGCGUUAUCGCAAGCCGCGCAACAGUCGCAGCUUGGAGGAUCCACCUGGAUUGGGCUCCCGCAUCCUGCGUCGCCUCAGCUCCAAGGCACGUGAUCUGCAACCUGGCACGGCACCGCGUCGCGAUAGUCCUGCCGGAGUGUCCAGCAGCGGUGGAGUGGAAAACAAGGGCUUCCAGUCGGAUGCACCAAAGAGUCCUUGGAGAUAUCCCUUCCGAAGGUCGCAGCAACUGGCGCAGCAGCAGCACUCGCAUCCACUGCAUCAGCAUCCGUUGCAGCAGCACCAUCAGCACCACCAGCACCACCAUCAGCAGCAGCUGCAGUUCGUGGGCGGUCCGGUGGUGCAGCAUCCCAUGCAUCAUAUGCAGCGCACCAUGUCGCAGGAUUCUGGAUCCAGCAUUGCUUCGGCAGCCGUGCAAAUCUCCCCGCUGCACAAGCACGCUUUGGCGCGGAUGUUGCCAAAUCCCCCAGUGGAGCGUAUUCGUGACAUGGAUCACUGGUGAUUGCCAUUGGACAAACCAUAAAAAUCGUCUAUUUUUAUUGGGCUUACAUAAAUCUUGACUAAUUGGAAAUAAUUUUAAAGGAAAACUUAAAACAAAACAAUUUGUGAUAAUUUCUUAAUUUAAACAAAACAAAGCAACACAAAUUCGGAUGAAAAAUAUUUUAUAAUUGACCAGAUAACAUACUUUAACUUUGAUAAUAUAACAUAAAUACCGAAAGCGAUGUUAAACUUAACUGUACUUUUAAUUAAAUUAUUUUAAACGUUAAGGUAACCAUGUAAUAACAAUCGACGCAUCAAGUUUAGAUAUAAGAAUGUUUUUAGUGAUGUUUAUUUGUGAUAAGACAAUCCUGCCACACGCGCACAGAGAAAUCGACACAUACAGGAGCGAGAAUUAUGGCAAAAAAAUCAAUGUUUAUUUCUAAAGUAAUUUAUUAUUUGUAAUUUGAAUUCAAUGCCAGUGUCUAUAACGAAUAAGUUGACAACAAUAUGUGUAAAAUCCGUUUAAGUUUAAUGUAUAAGCUGACCAUGUUUAAAAACGAUAAGAUUGGAAAAAACACAAUGACGUAAAUCA